AUGGAUGGGCCGCUAUCAUCUCUAAUUAAAUUUGGCGUAAAUGAAGAGUUAAAAAACAGUGGUAAUAUUAGUGAUAGAUUAUUAUAUUUAGUUUGGAAUAAUAUAUUUUUAAGGAAUGAAAUUCAUAAACAUAUUUUAAAGUUUAUUGAACAUAGUGAUAAACAUCUUGAUAAAUCUAGCUAUGACCAGUUUAAAGAUAAAUCAUAUAUAACAACACUUAACUGGCGUGGUGAUCCACUACCAGAUAAAGAUGAAUUUCCACCAUUUUUGACAAAUUUAUAUUUGUUCAAUUUUUCUAAAAGGUUACCUCGAAAAACUUUACCAAAUACAAUUACUACACUCAGAUUCUGUAAUGAUUUUAAGCAAGUAGUUCUACCUGGCUCAUUACCAAAUAGUCUCACAACACUCACAUUCGGUUAUUGUUUUAACCAAGUAGUUCCACCCGGUACACUACCAAAUAGUCUCACAACACUCACAUUCGGUGGUUGUUUUAACCAAGUAUUUCCAUCCGGUACAUUACCAAAUAGUCUCACAACACUCACAUUCGGUUAUUAUUUUAAUCAAGUAAUUCUACCCAGAACAUUAUCAAAAAGUCUCACAACACUCACAUUCGGUCAUGAUUUUGACCAAGUAAUUCUACCCAACACAUUACCAAAUAGUCUCACAACACUCACAUUCGGUACUAAGUUUAACCAAGUAGUUAUACCCUGCUCAUUACCAAAUAGUCUCACAACACUCACAUUCGGUGCUAAAUUUAACCAAGUGAUUCCACCCCGAACAUUACCAAACACUCUCACAACACUCACAUUCGGUUAUUAUUUUGACCAAGUAAUUCCACCCGGCACAUUACCAAACACUCUCACAACACUCACAUUCGGUGAUGGUUUUAAACAAGUAAUUCUACCCGGCUCACUACCAAAUAGUCUCACAACACUCACAUUCGGUCAUAGUUUUAACCAAGUAAUUCUACCUGGCUCAUUACCAAAUAGUCUCACAACACUCACAUUUGGAAGUCUUUUUAACCAAGUAAUUCCACCCGGUACAUUACCAAAUAGUCUCAUUACACUCAUAUUCGGUUAUCUUUUUAACCAAGUAAUUCUACCUGGCUCAUUACCAAAUAGUCUCACAACACUCAUAUUCGGUCAUGAGUUUAACCAAGUAGUUCCACCCAGUACAUUACCAAAUAGUCUUACAACACUCACAUUCGGGAAAUGUUUUAAACAAGUAAUUCUACCCGGCACAUUACCAAAUAGUCUCACAACACUCACACUCGGUAAUCGUUUUAACCAAGUAGUUCCACCCAACACAACUAUAUUUUUUAUUUAA